AUGUCGUCCAUGCGAGGUCUGGUCCAGUUCAUCGCUGAUUUGCGCAAUGCACGCGCCAGAGAACUCGAGGAGAAGCGCGUCAAUAAGGAGCUGGCCAAUAUUCGGCAGAAGUUCAAGGCUGGCAAUCUCAAUGGAUACCAGAAGAAGAAAUAUGUCUGCAAGUUGCUCUACGUUUACAUCCAGGGCUAUGAUGUGGAUUUCGGCCACCUCGAGGCUGUGAAUCUCAUCUCUUCCUCCAAGUAUUCCGAGAAGCAGAUUGGUUAUCUGGCGGUUACCUUGUUUCUGCAUGAAGAGCAUGAGCUGCUCCACCUGGUCGUGAACAGUAUCCGAAAGGAUCUGCUUGAUCACCAUGAAUUGAACAACUGCUUGGCGCUGCAUGCCGUAGCUAAUGUUGGAGGCAAAGAGCUCGGUGAGGCGCUGGGUUCGGAGGUUCACAGGCUUCUCAUCUCACCUACUUCGAAAGCCUUUGUGAAGAAGAAGGCCGCUCUAACACUUCUUCGUCUGUAUCGCAAAUACCCGGGUAUUGUGCGCAAUGAGUGGGCCGAAAGAAUCAUAUCAAUUAUGGACGAUCCCGACAUGGGUGUCACUCUCUCCGUAACCUCUUUGGUUAUGGCGCUCGCUCAGGACUUGCCUGAGGAAUACAAGGGCUGUUAUGUCAAGGCAGCGCAGCGAUUAAAGCGGAUUGUCGUGGAGAAUGAUAUCGCCCCAGACUAUCUUUACUACCGGGUGCCAUGUCCGUGGAUCCAAGUGAAGUUUUUGCGCUUGCUGCAAUACUAUCCUCCAUCGCAGGAUAGCCACGUCCGUGAGAUUAUCAGAGAGUCACUUUCCCAAAUGAUGCAAGCCGCCAUGGAAACACCCAAGAACGUGCAGCAAAACAACGCUCAAAAUGCAAUUCUCUUCGAAGCUAUCAACCUCCUCAUCCACCUCGACUCCGAGCAUACUCUCAUGCUGCAAAUCUCCGCUCGCCUGGGCAAGUACAUUCAGUCCCGCGAGACCAACGUUCGAUACCUUGGUUUGGACGCAUUGACCCAUUUCGCUGCUCGGGCCGAGACUCUUGAUCCCAUAAAGAAGCAUCAGAACAUUAUUUUGGGCUCGCUUCGGGAUCGUGAUAUCAGUGUGCGUCGCAAAGGAUUGGACCUUCUUUACAGUAUGUGCGACACGAGUAAUGCAGGACCGAUUGUCAACGAACUUCUUCGAUACCUUCAGACUGCCGACUAUGCUAUCCGAGAGGAGAUGGUGUUGAAGGUGGCUAUUCUUACAGAAAAAUACGCCGCUGAUGCACAGUGGUAUAUCGACAUGACUCUGAAGCUGCUUUCUUUAGCCGGUGAACAUGUCAACGAUGAAGUAUGGCAGCGAGUCAUCCAAAUUGUGACAAACAAUGAAGAGUUGCAGGCAUACGCAGCUCACACUCUGCUGGGCUACAUGAAGACCGAGUGUCACGAAAGCUUGGUGAAAAUCGGAUGCUACGUGCUGGGCGAAUUUGGACACCUCAUUGCCGAAAGCCAGGGCUCAAGUCCCAUUGAACAGUUCUUGGCUCUACAGGGCAAGAUGUUCUCUAGCUCUGACAACGCACGGGCUAUGAUCCUGUCGUCAUUUGUCAAGUUCGUCAACCUGUUCCCUGAAAUCAAGCCCCAGCUGCUGCAAAUCUUUCGCCUGUACAGCCAUUCACCCGAUUCUGAACUGCAGCAGCGAGCAUUCGAGUAUCUGUCACUUGCCACUCUUCCCACGGACGAUCUGCUUCGAACCGUUUGCGACGAGAUGCCACCUUUCUCAGAGCGAGCCUCCAUUCUGCUCUCUCGAUUACACCAAAAGACCGCCGGUGCUAGCGAGAAGAAGACCUGGGUCAUUGGCGGCAAAGAUGCCAACGCAGAUAAGCAGGAAAUACUCUUGGCCCAAAACACCGGUCUCAAACGCACAUUUACAACAAUCGUGCAAGGAACACGAACCGGGUCCAACAACACACCGACCAGCCCCUCCAGUGCAAUCAGUGCAUCAGGCGACCUGGCAGGUCUGGAUUUCAGUGGUCCUUCCGGCCCAGCGCCGAACAUGGCCAGUGCGGCUCAUCUAACCCCCGAAUGGGACAUUGGAUACAACCGUCUGUUCUUCACUCGGGAGGGUGUUCUGUUUGAAGACGCCCAGAUCCAGGUUGGACUGCGCUCAGAGUAUCGUGGCCCAAUGGGUGUCGUGAAGCUUUACAUCACGAACAAAUCCACCUACCCGAUCGGAUCUCUCACCACAACAGUCGACAACCCAGCCUCUCCCCAGCUGAAGAUCGACACCAAAAACCUACCCGAUCCAACAAUCCCAGCUUCUGGACAGACACAGCAGACCCUCUUCUGCACCGCCCACGGCCCCUUCAUCAACGCCCCGACUAUCCGUAUCUCAUACCUGGCCGGUGCCCUGCAGGCAUACACACUCCAGCUCCCCGUUCUGAUGCACCGCUACAUGGAGUCGUCAUCGCUCUCAGCGGAAGAAUUCUUCAAGCGGUGGCGCCAGAUCGGCGGUGAUCCGCUGGAAGCUCAAAAGACCUUUGGUCUGGCCGGUAAGAACAAGAAAAUCAACGACGCCUUCACGCGCAGGAUUGUCGAAGGGUUCGCGUUCAAGAUUCUCGAAGGCGUGGAUCCAAACUCUCACAACCUUGUCGGCUGUGCUGUCUUCCAAUUCGAGGGUGGCAAGACCGGUUGUUUGCUGCGCCUGGAACCUAACUACGAGAAGUCGAUGUACCGCGUUACAAUCCGUGCUACUCAAGAAAACGUUCCACAGUCGUUGGUGCGACAGAUGGAGCAGAAGCUGACGCAGGGCAUGCGAGCUGAUGAAUAG